AUGAUGGGCUCACGCGAGAAAGAAGCCCGCAAUGUCCUCAAGGAACUCGCACCGAUCUGCACAGCUUAUGAUUCCGGUGGUGUAGACCUUUACUUUCUGAGUGUAAUGCAUUGGGAUCGUAGAAAGCAUUGGGGUUGUCGGCCCGAAGACUACCGUGAAGCCUUGUACAACUCCUCGCCAUUUUCCGGCGACCCGGGGGUCAAGCCACUCAACUUGAUCGUUGUUACCCACGGCUGUCCAAAUGAGGGCCCCGACCCUAAGGGAAUCAUCAGAAACCUUGCCAGCCGGUUAGACCGAAUCGAUGCCCCUCCUCACCAGCUGGGGAUUCAGUUCUUUCAAGUGGGGUCAGACAGGCAUGCCAGGAGAGCACUGAGAGACCUGGACGACGGACUAAAUGGUGUUAGGGAUAUGGUCGAUGCGAUUUCUUUCGACAGGCGUAGCUGGCUUUUUGGGGCUAAGAAGUUGACCGCUGUGGGGAUCCUAAAGACCCUCAGGGGCUCUGUCAACAGAAAGCUUGACCGAGCGAAGACGAAGGAAUUGUACGGAUGGGGUUAA